CAGAACAUACAAGACUGGUGGAUGAUGUUACAAUUAGCAUGAAACUGUAAGCACUGUUUGUUUACACAAUCAAGUCUAAUGAUGAUAUUUGGAGCAUCAAACUAAAGAGAAUGAAAAGAUUUGAGCAUUAAUGACGCCCUAACUAAACUAUAACUAAACUAGAGUCUCUAACCAACAACAAAGUAUGGUGGUGGUGCUCGUCAUUGCCUAAUCCAGAAGGUGAAAUACUACUGGUUUGUUUCACAAUGUCCUCGUCUGUCCACAACUACAAACGUAUAAAAACUAUGUAAUAGGACACUUUUUGGAUGGGAUAAUUAUAAGGGGAAACAGGAACCAAACACCAACAGACAUAUGAUGAAUACCAUUACAAGCAGUUCAAUAAAUUCGCAGAAUGACAGGAUGAUAAAGGAAAAUCUGCUGCAGGUGAUCUUGUGUCUGCUUACAGUAAAUCGAGCGUUGGCAUGAUGUAAUUGGUGAAGUGGUGGUGGUGAUGUCAGCUAGUGAAUGGCUAAUAGCAGAUCUUUGAAAACUCUCUUAGAAAGUUUGGUUAGAUAUAAAUGAUAAAGAUGGUAAACAGUAAGCAUAAAGUAGUUUAGGUUUAUGCAUAAUAUGUGAUUUUAUUUGCGUAGCUGAGUGCAGUCUUAAAAUGACAUAUUUGUGGUUCUGUGACAUCAUCAGUGUCAGAUUGAAACAAUUUAUUGAACAAUAAAUGAUUUUUCAUGGGAUCAAAAAAUAAUUCUUCUUAGGCAAAGGACCUUUCAUAGCAUCUUUAUUAAGCGUUUAGGUUGUGAUUUAAGAGAAGAUUCAGUGUGGAGUAGGAGGCAGGUUAUUACUGACUAUCUUUCCAUCCAACUUGCAAAUUAAAUUAAUGCAAAACAUUGAAAUAAUUAUAUUCAGUUUUCUGGUGGUCAGUGACAGAGAUGUCAGAGAUGUCCCACCUGCAGCUGCUGAGACCCAACACAUCUGUUCAACAAGAGUCCCUGUGCAAAAUGAUACUUGUUUUAUAUGCAUUUAUAUGCUUUUCUGAAUUCACCGACACGUUUUGCUUGACAAAUGAGCAUCAUUACUUCUGCUUUACAUGAAAUUAAAAUGGGAUAGACAAGAGGAGAGAGAUAUUUACCUCUGGUCACAGAUGAAGAACACAGAACAGUUCAGAAAGAAGAAGAAGAAAACAGCAAAUAUAUCAAGGACUUCAUCUGUUCAUCUGUUCAACAUGUGGAUGUCUGGACUUCUCUUUGUACUUUUAGGAAUGGAUGUUUGCUUUUCUAAUUCAGGCUCCCCAGGAUCUAAUUCCCAAUCAACCACUCGAGGAACUACUGUUAAUUCCCCAUCAACCCCAUCCACUCGAGGAACUAAUGUUAAUUCCCAAUCAAGCCCAUCCACUCCAGGAACUAAUGUUAAUUCCCAAUCAAGCCCAUCCACUCAAGAUAAUUUGGCAUUACGAGGACAGGCUAUACAAUCAUCCACAUAUAGGGUAGCAGCAAAUGCCAUUGACUCUUUACCUUACACCUGCAUCCGUACGCUCCAAUCUGAUAACCCCUGGUGGAGAGUGGAUCUUCUGCAUUCGUACAUCAUCUCUCGAGUCGUCAUCACUAACAGAAAAGACUGCUGUGGGGGUCGACUAAGUGGAGCAGAAAUUCAUAUUGGAAACUCUUUGGAAAACGACGGCAACAAUAAUCCAAGAUGUGCUGUGCUGAAUGAUAUUCCACUGGGUCAAUCUCUGUCUGUGUCCUGUGACAAUAUGGAGGGACAAUAUGUGAAUCUCAUUAUACCUGGAAGUUCAAAAGUCCUCUCAAUCUGUGAAGUGGAGGUGUAUGAGAAAGACUUGAGGAAAACCUUUGUGAUGAUGCAAUUUGUCUCCAGUGUGAAUAUGACUGAUCCAGCUGUCAGUAACACGAUUCUUAAUCAGCUAAAUACCACUUUGACUUCUAAAGGACUCUCAGAUUUUACACUGACCUGGACAAAACUCCCUCAGAAAGUCAAACCGAAGAUUAAACUGGAUGGCCCAUGUGUUUAAGAACCUAAAUAAUCCUAAAUAAACAAACAAUCUUUGAUGAAAAAGACUUAGUUUAGUUAAAAUUAUAUUUGUUAGUUAGUUAGUUUCCUAUUUUAAUUUAGUUAAAGUUUUAUUUGUUUGUUUAUUUUAGUUAUUGGUAACUGAUUGGUGUGAUUAUUUAUUUUUCUUUCAUUGCCUUCCUCAUCAUAUUAAAUUAUUUGUAGUUUAUUAAUGAUUAUGGAUUUGUGAUACAGUUACACCGACAUCUUUGGUCUUCUUCAGAAUGUCAUGGAGCUGAUGAAGACAUAAUGUCAAUAAAAUAAGUUAAAUGUACAUCUGCAUUUAGUUCAUGAACUAUAUUAUUUGGUUGAAGAACUAUUAAUAUAUUUUGAGCAUUACUAUUUAUUAAUUACUGUUUAUUGUUGUUGCUGUUUUAUAAAAGCAAUAAACCACUGUGCAUUACUGUGAUCUGUGACUUUAUCAUGGCCAAGUACUCAAAAUCUCUCUAAUACAUGGCCCUUUGCUUUAACUUUUGCUUUGCUUAUCAAAAAUUAUGUAAAUAAGUGAUCCAAUGUAAUAUACAUACAUUUAUAGUGAGGAUUUGACAAAGUGAAUUCACAUUUUCUUUUUUACCAAAAUUAUAUUUGGGACAUCCAAAUUCCUUCAAAAGUCAGAAAUAAAUCAAGGGUAACAUUCAACCAUUAAAACUUAUUUAUAUAAAGGAAGGGAAAAAACACUAGUGUGUACCUUCUCUGGAGCUGUUCCAGAACUGACACGAUUUGCUGACACUGUAGCUGUCUUUAAGACUCGGCUAAAAACCCAUCUCUUUCGCCAUUACCUCACUCCCUAAUAUAGGACUUACUAUCUUUCUCUAUUUACCUUUCUCUUUA